AUGCAAAGCAACUUCGAUCGAAGACGUAUCAAUGGACCCGAAGAAAGCUUCCCUCCAGUCUAUGACCACGAAGAGGAGGCCGAGUCUUCAUGGAAGCCCGGCCAGUCGCGUCAAGGGCGGGCAGCAGGAGAUAUUCGACCUAUAUUCUUGAAGGCAGGACUUAUCAGUCAGGCAAAUGGGUCUGCAUACAUUGAGACGGAACACACGAAGAUCGCUUGCGCAGUUUAUGGACCUCGACAAUCCAAGACUACUGUGUACAAUGAGAAUGGACGAUUGAACGUUGAGGUCAAAUUCGCACCCUUCUCUUGUACUCGUAGAAGAGCGCCAAUACGCGAUGCAGAAGAUAGAUCACUGGCAGUCCAAAUACAGCAGGCACUGCUGCCCGCUGUUAGAUUGGAGCUUCUUCCAAAGUCUACAAUAGACAUCUUUCUCACCGUCAUCGAGAAUGACGGUAUCGAAGGGUGCAUUGCAUCCGGCUCGGUCGCUGCGAGCGCUGCGUUGGCGGACGCUGGCAUAGAGAUGCUCGGCCUAGUCAUGGCUUGCUCUGCAUCGACCGUUGGGGAAGAGAUAUGGUUAGAUCCUACAGCGCAGGAGGCUCAAAAUGCCUCUGGCAGUCUCAUUGUUGCUGGGAUGCCUGCCCUCGGCACUCUUACGAAUGUUUGGCAAUCGGGACGACUGGCGCCUAUACGAGUCUUGCAGGUCAGCUCCGUGCACGCUACAGACGAUCGUAUACUACGAGCUCAUAUAAACCAUUCCCAGGGUAUGGAAGCUUGUCAAGAACGGUUCGUAGACAUCCACACGAUAGUCGCACAGGCAUUACUCGACAACGCACAUAAUACAUGA